UACGCUGACCUACCGCGCGGCAUUACUCUGUUACCGGGGUGCCUUCGAAAAUAAUAAAAAGGAAAAAAAAAAGAAUCUAAAAAUGAAGAAAAUAUAAUUUCAGACAUCUAAUUCAGCAGUGAGUGUACGGCAUAGUUAAAAUUUUGUGAAUUAGGGUUAGUAGCAGUGGCCAAAUGGCCAACCAGUUUUACGGUUACUCAUCCCCAUCACCUUCCGCCUCCACUCUCCACCGUUAUCUGGACUCCGACGCCGCGUCUCAGUCUCAGUCUCAUUUGCUUCAACAACUCCACCCCUCCGCUGCUGCCGCUGCCGCUGCUGCCGCCUCACUCAUCAAACGCCCCUCUCAAGUUCUCUACCAUCAGAAUGUUUUGGAUGCCCAAAACACACUUGGGCAGAUUGAAGCUUGGUAUUCUGCUAGCUCUUUAGUCAAGCGACCUAGAUUGGAGAGUGCAAGCAAUUUACCUAUAUAUCCUCAAAGGCCAGGAGAAAAGGAUUGUGCUCAUUAUAUGCUCACAAGAACCUGUAAGUUUGGAGAUAGCUGCAAGUUUGACCAUCCUAUUUGGGUUCCUGAGGGUGGAAUCCCAUAUUGGAAAGAGGUUCCACCUGUUCCAGCUGGUGAAUCCCUCCCUGAGAGACCAGGAGAGCCAGAUUGUCCUUAUUUUUUGAAAACUCAAAGAUGCAAGUUUGGUUCGAAGUGCAAGUUCAAUCAUCCAAAAGAUAAAUUGGAUGCUCCUGGUGAUUCUGAGAAUUUAACGGUAUCUGGGUUACCAGAAAGGCCCUCUGAACCCCCUUGUGCUUUCUACAUGAAGACCGGAACAUGUAAAUUUGGUUCAACCUGCAAAUUUAACCACCCAAAAGAUAUCCAAAUACAGUUAUCCCUACAAAACAAUGUCAACUGUGAGCAGAGUGAUAUAGCCAUGAAGAUUGGGGGAAUAUCUGGAGAUAUUAAGCCGGCACUAUAUCAUAAUUCCAAAGGACUUCCAGUAAGACCGGAUGAAGUAGAUUGCCCAUUCUACCUGAAAACUGGCAGUUGCAAGUAUGGUUCUACUUGCCGGUACAAUCAUCCUGAUAGGAAUGCAUUCGUUCCUCCUGUAGCACUAGGCCAUUCCCUUAUAGCAUCUGCCAGUAAUCUGAACAUUGGAGUUGUUAAUCCAGCUUCUUCUCUAUAUCAAACAAUUGACCCCAGAUUAAGUCAGACAACUCUACUUGCUCAGCAAACAAUGCCAACGUUGGUAGGGACUCAACCUGUGUAUCCUCAGAGACCUGGACAGACUGAAUGUGAUUACUAUAUGAAGACAGGGGAAUGUAAAUUUGGAGAUAGAUGCAAGUUCCAUCACCCCAUUGAUCGGUUAACAACCAACGAAGCUUCUCAGCAAGCUAUUAAGCUCACUCUUGCAGGAUUACCUAGGAGAGAGGGAUCUGUUCAUUGUCCAUACUACAUGAAAACUGGAACAUGCAAGUAUGGUGCAACAUGCAAAUUUGAUCACCCGCCCCCUGGGGAGGUCAUGUCUGUGACUGGAGUACAAGGAACAUCCACAACAAUGUCGGGAUGAGGAACAUGAUAUGGAAACUCAGCUACGGGAAGCUACUUUGUGAUGACGAUUUAGAUGGGUUUAUAGGGCUUUCUGUACCAAGGUCUGUUAGCAUGAUGCCUAGAGUGGACCAUGUGAAUUUAAUGUAUUUGUCAAUUAAUUUUUGAGAACACAAUGCCAUGGUAGUAGUUGAAUUGUUGCUUGCAGUUGUAUUGGUGUUUGGACUAAUAGAUAUUUGGCAAUUUUAUGUUCCCGUUUGAAAUUGAA